GGGUCCCGGGUUUUCGCGAUGGCUGGCUCUGGCGAGCACGACGUGUCGUUUGAGGUGCUACUAAUAGGAGACAGUUGGGUUGGUAAAUCUUGUGUUGCGGAGACGUACGAUGAGGACUCCCCCCACCCUACGUCCCUCGGAAGAACUAUGGGAGUUCAUUUUGUGACCAAGACCAUAGAGGUAGAGGGGAAGAAGGUUAAAUUGCAAAUAUGGGAUACACCAGGAGAACAAAGAAUCCGAGGGAUUAUCACCGCCUACCUU